CUUUCAAGUGCGACAGGGGGCAGCAGUAUCCAUCCGAUGAUAUUGGAGUCGCUCCUGGGAGGGACUCACUUUCGAAGCCCCUAUUAUUGUUUUGUUGAAUGUUUCGUGUAAAAGUUCACAUCUGAAACCUGAAAUACCAGAGCAACUUCAAGAGGGUCGGACGCAGAGAGGACCCCGAUCCCCACCCCAUCCCGGGGCUGCCAGCGGACAUCCUCCACAUGAGGGUGAAGGAGGGCAGCAAGAUCCGGAACCUCCUGCGGUUCGCCACGGCUCGCAUGCAAGGUCCGGGCCAGGGCGGCGGCGGUGGCGGCGGCGGCGGGGGGGCCCUGAGGCAGGUGGUCUUCACCGGGUCGGGCCGGAGCCUCACCAAGACCAUCACCUGCGUGGAGAUCCUGAAGCGCCAGGUGGGCGGGCUGCACCAGGUGUCCAAGCUGUGCAACAACACGGUGAGCGAGGCGUGGGAGAGUCUGCGGAAGGGAGUGCCGGGGGUAACCAUAUGCCGCACGGUCCCGGCCCUCACCGUCCUGCUCUCCAUGGACCCCCUGGACCCCCAGGAGCCUGGCUACCAGCCCCCACAGAGGGACCCUCAUGGUCCCCCUUCACAACAUAUGGCCCCCGGGGCAAAGAGGGUCCGCCUGGAGGAGGGAAACAGAGAGCUACCCUCCACGUCGUCGGUUUGACUCGGUCCUAAAUGACGCCAACUGGGACCGUUUUUUUCGUAGAGAUGUUGUUAAAAUGUUGCAGCUUUGAUGUUAUUACAUUUUUUGUAAAUGCUGGAGGGAUGACAAUUUAAAUCACAGUAAUAACUUAAAUUGAAAUAUUUGGGAUAUCUGUUAUGCUAAAUUGAAUAAAUAAAGCACAAUAUAUGUAUGUUCAUGGCGUGCUUCAUUAUCUUAAACUAUAUGUAUCU